UCUUCCCUCCAAUCAUUUCUUGCUUUCUCCUUUCUCCCUCUAAUUUUUGCUCUUGAUUGCUACGCUUUUUUCUCUGUUCUUUUCUUUUUCCCCCCUUAAUUUCAGCUCGUGAAAUUUUCUCUCACUUCUCUUACUCUGGUUUUCCGGCGAUGGAGGAGGAAGUAGAAGAGUGAAAGGAAGAAAUAUCUCUGCUUCUACGAAACUCUCCCUCCCUACCCAAUUUCCGUGAUCAAUACAACUGUUUAAACCGUCAGCUAGAAAAUCUAUUCUCCAUGGACGCCCUCUAGCGCCUCCUUCACUCUCGUCUUCUCUUCUGCAGAAAGUGAUUCGAUGGAGUCAGAGGAUAAGCAUUCUUUGGAUUCUAAGUCAGCCUGUGGGUCAGCAGAUCUUUCUGGGAUCUCUCUGCUUAAUGUUGCUAAAAAUGCGGAAAGCAGUGCUUGGGGGAUACCACACAGGGUUGGUGCACAUCAUGCAUCGAGUGAUGCUAGCUUGUUUUCUUGUUCCCUGCCUGUUCUUCCACAUCAAAAGUUGAAUUUUCCUGAUUCCGUGCGUAAUGGCCAACCUUUUGAUGAUAACAUGCCAGUGUUUAAUAAAGACGACAAGGAAGUUGGGGGGUAUGAUCCCCUUGAAGAUGUUGAAACCAAUGCUGUUGGAAACAUGCUUCCUGAUGAUGAAGAAGAGCUAUUAGCUGGGAUAAUGGAUGAUUUUGACCUGAGUAGAUUGCCCAGCCAACUGGAGGAUUUGGACGAGAAUGAUUUGUUUGGUAGUGGGGGAGGGUUAGAAAUGGAUUUUGAGCCCCAGGAGAGUCUUAAGAUUGGCAUGUCAAAGAUGAGCAUUACUGAUGGAGUUGCUUCAAAUGGUAUUGGCCAUUAUGUACUUCCAAAUGGUGUGGGACCUGUGGCUGGGGAGCAUCCCUAUGGAGAACAUCCAUCAAGAACAUUAUUUGUGAGAAACAUUAACAGUAACGUUGAGGAUUCUGAAUUAAGAUCACUGUUUGAGCAAUAUGGGGAUAUUAGAACUUUGUACACUGCAUGCAAGCAUCGGGGCUUUGUGAUGAUAUCUUACUAUGAUAUUCGAGAUGCUCGUACCGCAAUGCGUGCUUUACAAAACAAGCCCUUGAGACGAAGAAAACUUGACAUUCAUUUUUCAAUCCCUAAGGACAACCCCUCUGAAAAAGACAUCAACCAAGGAACUCUUGUAGUCUUCAAUUUGGAUCCGUCAGUGUCAAAUGAUGAUCUUCGCCUAAUAUUUGGGGCUUAUGGGGAGGUCAAAGAGAUAAGGGAAACACCACAUAAGAGACACCAUAAAUUUAUUGAAUUUUAUGAUGUUAGAGCAGCUGAGGCCGCACUUAAGGCAUUAAAUCGAUGUGAUAUUGCAGGGAAACGCAUCAAACUUGAACCCAGCCGCCCUGGUGGGGCACGAAGAAAUUUGAUGCAACAACUGAGUCAAGAGCUGGACCUAGAUGAAGCGCGGCCUUUUAGACAUCAAGCAGGUUCACCUUUGGCCAGUUCUCCUCCUGGUACCUGGGCACAAUUUAGCAGUCCAGUUGAACAUAGUUAUUUAAGUUCUUUUAGCAAGUCUCCAGUAAAUAGCAACCAUUCAUCUGGAUUGGCCGCAAUUCUCUCCCCUCAUGCAUCAAACUCUACGAAGAUUGCUCCAAUUGGCAAGGACUCAGCAAGAGUUAAUAGUUCAAAUCAGAUAUUUACAAAUGCAGUAUCAACAAAAGGAGUAGCUUUUCAGAAUUCACUGUCAUUUCCCGAGCUAAAAGUAAAUGCAAGUUCUAGACCCAUUGCUACUUUUGGUGAGUCAAGCUCAACUUCAUCAAGCAUUGGAACACUAUCUGGUCCUCAAUUUCUUUGGGGAAGUCCAACUACUUCUUACACAGACCAUUCAAACACUUCUGCUUGGUCGUCGUCUUCUGCUGGGCUCCCUUUUACAUCUAGUGGUGAGAAGCAGGGGUUCCCAUAUACUAAUCGACACAGUUCCUAUCUUGGUUCCCGCUCCCAUCAUCAUGUAGGAUCUGCUCCUUCUGGCCUUCCUCUUGAUAGGCAUUUUAGCUAUUUCCCGGACUCACCAGAAACUUCUUUCAUGAGUCCAGCAUCAUAUGGGAGUAUAAAUCAUGGUGAUGGGAACUUUAUGAACAUGGGUGCUCGUGCAGCUUCUGGGGUUAUUGGCCUUUCAGGAAGUGCUGCUGAAACUAAUUCACCUAGUUUCAGGUUGAUGUCACUGCCCAGGCACAGUUCCUUGUUUCUUGGAAAUGGUUCUUAUUCUUCAGUCGCUGCAAACAGUGAGGGGUUUAUUGAACGUGGCCGGAGUCGGCGACCUGAAAAUAGCAUUACCCAAAUUGAUAGCAAGAAGCAGUAUCAACUUGACCUGGACAAAAUUAUCAGUGGCGAAGAUACAAGGACUACUUUAAUGAUUAAAAACAUUCCUAAUAAGUACACUUCAAAGAUGUUGCUGUCUGCAAUUGAUGAGAACCACCGGGGCACUUAUGACUUUCUCUACUUGCCCAUUGACUUUAAGAACAAGUGUAAUGUGGGUUACGCUUUCAUCAACAUGGUGUCUGCUUCACAUAUUGUUCCCUUCUACAAGGAAUUUAAUGGGAAGAAAUGGGAAAAAUUUAAUAGUGAAAAAGUUGCAUCACUGGCUUAUGCACGGAUCCAAGGAAAGGCAGCACUUGUGACACACUUCCAAAAUUCGAGCUUGAUGAAUGAGGAUAAGCGAUGCAGGCCAAUUCUCUUUCAUUCAGAGGGCCAAGAGACUGUUGACCAGGAACAUUUCUUAUCAAGCAAUUUGAACAUUUGCAUCCGUCAACCGGAUGGGUCAUACUCGGGUGAUUUGUUGGAAAGCCCAAAGGGCGAUUUGGAUGACAAGCUGUAGACAAAUUAACUAUUUAAUGCAUAUCUUAUUCCUAGUCACAAGAAAUGGGUCUAGGAGUCCUAACCACUGCACACUGAAUCUUUAGCUGUACAAAGUGACUCAUCCAAAAAAAAAAAAAAACGCAAGUGUAUGAUAUUGAAGGGGCAGCAGCACUGUGAUGGAGCCUCAAUAUGUUAAUUGUUCAUAAUAAUCAUCUAAGCCGAAGAAGCAGAGGGCAAUUUCUUGAUGCAUGGAGAAACAAUUGUUAUUUAACCGGAAGAAAAUAAGUUGGAGUCCAAGGAAGGAAGUGACAUGUCGUGACACGGGCAUUGCAGCACUUUGAUUUGCAGUGUCUGGGUACUGUCAUGUCAUGUGCAUGCCAACUUGUGAAGAGGAUAAUUCUGUUUGGCAUUUGUUAUUUUUUUUCCCCUCAUCAUCCAUGCUCUGGUUCUUAUGUUUUAUUAUCUGCGGGUAUAACUUAAUGUGCAUAUGAAAAACCGUCCAACUCAGUAUCAGAAGUUUGUACAGAUGGUAUCCGUAGUCCUUGUUGAUGUCUUGUAGCCAAGAAAAUGUGGCAUUGAAUGUAUAAAAUUUCGAUGACAGUACAGUGUUUCUGGCCAUUGUAAUUAUUUGAUGAAGUGGGAAGAACUUCAUUGUGAAUGUAUUGUCUCAUUUAAUUACGACCA